UUGAAUUCGGGGAGGAGUAGUGCGGUGCAGAGCCUCUGCCCCGACCCUGCCAGGUCCGCCGAGCAGCCCCGGGAGCAUGAGUGCAGCUCUGACUGCAGCGAAGCUGGCGCGGGCGCCGGCCGAGCCAGGGAAGGCUGGCGGCCCCGGAGUGGCAGCUCCCGGAGCACCGGCAGCUGCUCCGCCGGCCAAAGAGAUCCCCGAGGUCCUGGUGGACCCACGCAGCCGGCGGCGCUACGUGCGGGGCCGCUUUCUGGGCAAGGGCGGCUUCGCCAAAUGCUUCGAGAUCUCCGAUGCGGACACCAAGGAGGUGUUCGCCGGCAAGAUCGUGCCCAAGUCUCUGCUGCUCAAGCCGCACCAGAAGGAGAAAAUGUCCAUGGAGAUCUCCAUUCACCGCAGCCUGGCCCACCAGCACGUCGUCGGCUUCCACGGCUUUUUCGAGGACAGCGACUUCGUGUUCGUGGUGUUGGAGCUCUGCCGCCGCAGGUCUCUCCUGGAGCUGCACAAGAGGAGGAAAGCGCUGACGGAGCCCGAGGCCCGCUACUACCUGCGGCAGAUCGUCCUUGGCUGCCAGUACCUGCACCGAAACCGGGUCAUCCACCGGGACCUCAAGCUGGGAAACCUCUUCCUGAACGAGGACCUGGAGGUGAAAAUAGGGGAUUUUGGGCUGGCAACCAAAGUUGAAUAUGACGGAGAACGGAAGAAGACCCUGUGUGGGACUCCCAACUACAUAGCUCCCGAGGUGCUAAGCAAGAAAGGGCACAGUUUCGAGGUGGACGUGUGGUCCAUCGGCUGCAUCAUGUAUACCUUGUUAGUGGGCAAACCACCUUUUGAGACUUCUUGCCUAAAAGAGACCUACCUCCGGAUCAAGAAGAAUGAAUACAGUAUUCCCAAGCACAUCAACCCUGUGGCUGCAUCCCUCAUCCAGAAGAUGCUGCAGACGGACCCCUCUGCCCGCCCAACCAUUAACGAGCUGCUCAGUGACGAGUUCUUCACUUCAGGCUACAUCCCUGCCCGGCUGCCCAUCACCUGCCUCACCAUUCCACCCAGGUUUUCAAUCGCUCCCAGCAGCCUGGACCCCAGCAGCCGGAAGCCUCUCACAGUCCUUAAUAAAGGCUUGGAGAACCCCUUGCCGGAACGUCCCCGGGAGAAAGAGGAACCUGUGGUCCGGGAGACGAAUGAGGCGGUGGAGUGCCACCUCAGUGACAUGCUGCAGCAGCUGCACAGUGUGAACGCCUCCAAGCCCUCCGAGCGCGGGCUGGUGCGGCAAGAGGAGGCUGAGGAUCCCGCCUGCAUCCCCAUCUUCUGGGUCAGCAAGUGGGUGGACUACUCGGACAAGUAUGGCCUCGGCUACCAGCUGUGUGACAACAGCGUGGGGGUGCUCUUCAACGACUCCACCCGCCUGAUCCUCUACAAUGACGGUGACAGCCUGCAGUACAUAGAGCGAGACGGCACCGAGUCCUACCUCACCGUGAGUUCCCACCCCAACUCCCUGAUGAAGAAGAUCACCCUCCUGAAGUACUUCCGCAAUUACAUGAGUGAGCACUUGCUGAAGGCAGGCGCCAACAUCACGCCGCGGGAAGGCGACGAGCUGGCCCGGCUGCCCUACCUGCGGACCUGGUUCCGCACCCGCAGCGCCAUCAUCCUGCACCUGAGCAAUGGCACCGUGCAGAUCAACUUCUUCCAGGAUCACACCAAGCUCAUCCUGUGCCCCCUGAUGGCUGCUGUGACCUACAUUGAUGAGAAGCGGGACUUCCGCACGUACCGCCUGAGCCUCCUGGAGGAGUACGGCUGCUGCAAGGAGCUGGCCAGCCGCCUCCGCUACGCCCGCACCAUGGUGGACAAGCUGCUGAGCUCACGCUCCGCCAGCAACCGCCUCAAGGCCUCCUCCUAGGCCCCCCCGACCCUCCGGACUGGUGCCCCUUCACCCCCAUCUGCACCCGGGCCUGCACUGGUUGGCGCCCAUGGUGCUGUUUCUGUAAUGUGCCCCCCAGCCCUGGGGGCUGGGCCGAGAGCCACAUCAGCGUGGAGGUGGGGUUGCUGCGUAAGUUAUUUUUGUACAUGUUCGGGUGCGGGUUCUGUAGCCUCUUCCCCUUCCCUCUCAACCCCCCCGUAUGAAUUGUACAGAAUAUUUCUAUUGAAUUUGGGACUGUCCUUUGACUUUAUAUACAUUAAAGAUAUGUGAAUCUUC